CAAUGCGCAUGCGUAUUUGGCGGCAAUGCUUUCUUGGAUUUGAUACGGUGUUGAGUAUUGGAGGGAUUCUAGAAGACUUCUGUUUAUUUUGUAUUUCUUGUUUGAUAUUUCCGACAUUCGCUGAGAGUCCCCACAAGAGGUUUUAUCUGCGCAUGCGUUGUAGCAUCACGCGGUUUCUCGCUGUCAUGAGCAUAGUAAGCGAUGAAUUGAACUUUCUCGUCUACAGAUACUUACAAGAGUCAGGUUUUCACCACUCUGCUUUCACGUUUUCUAUGGAGAGCAACGUGUCAACAUCAAACAUCAACGGUUCCCAAGUUCCUCCAGGAGCACUUGUUGCUGCUGUUCAGAGAGGUUUACAGUAUGUGCAAGCCGAGAUUGGAAUCAGUGAAGAUGGCAGCUCAAUCGAAGACGUGAAACCCGUCUCUCUCAUUAGUUCCGUGUCUCUGGACUUUGUGGCGUCUCAACUGUCUCAUCGUCCAGCAGCAGUUGCGAUGCCAGUUGCAUUGAAUGAAAGUGUUCCACAACAGACAUACAAUAUAAGUGGCACAGAAUCUCAGAAUGGAAGCAUUGCCAUGGCUUACAGCCACGGCAUCAAGACAGGGAUGCCCGUAAAAGAGGAGAUGCCUAAUGGUCCACAUGCACAUCCAACUUUUGACAGUAUGGACAUUAACAUGUCAUCGGUGGUACCUGUGUCUGUGUCAUCAUCUCAGACGUCUGCCCAGCCUCCUCCAUUACCAGAGCCAGCACCAAAUAAUAGAUCGGUGAUAUUAAGAGGCCAUGAGGCUGAAGUCUUUAUCUGUGCAUGGAACCCUGUCACCGAUGUGUUGGCAUCGGGUUCUGGAGACUCAACAGCUCGAUUAUGGGAUAUGCGUGGGGACGAGCCUCUCGUCAUGAUAUUGCCUCAUAUAGCGACCGAUACAAAUAUACAGAGUAAAGAUGUCACAACUUUAGAAUGGAAUAUGGAUGGCUCUUUAUUAGCAACUGGAUUCUAUGACGGUCAGGCAAGAAUUUGGAGUCCAGAUGGUACUUUGUUACGGUCACUUGUACAGCAUCAAGGUCCUAUCUUUGCAGUGAAGUGGAAUCGAAAGGGAAAUUAUGUUGUAACUGGAGGAGUUGAUAAAACGGCUAUUGUGUGGGAGGCACAAACAGGAGAAGUUAAACAGCAGUUUGCUUUUCAUCAAGCGCCAACUUUGGAUGUUGACUGGCAGAGCAAUACGUGUUUUGCUUCAUGCUCAACAGAUAAAGAUAUUCAUAUAUGCAAGUUAGGGUUUGACAAGCCCGUCAAGACUUUCAAAGGCCAUUCAAAUGAAGUCAAUACAGUCAAGUGGGAUCCAAGUGGUACGCUACUUGCGUCUUGCUCGGAUGACACAACAGUAAAGAUUUGGUCAAUGAAACAAGACAUGUGUCUACACAGUUUGUCACAUCAGAAGGAAAUCUAUACAAUCAAAUGGAGUCCAACUGGACCAGGAACUGAAAACCCUCACGCGCCUUCACUUCUUGCCAGUGCCUCGUUUGAUCACACCGUGCGUGUGUGGGAUGUGGAUCGUGGUUUGUGCCUUCACACUCUUAGAUCUCACCAAGAAGCCGUUUAUGCAAUAGCAUUUAGUCCAAGUGGAGAGCUAUUGGCUAGUGGAUCAUUCGAUUCUACUCUCCGGUUAUGGAGACUCAAGGAUGGGCAACUCAUUCAUACAUACAGCACGGGUACAGGUAGUGACGUUGGUGCAAGUAUGGGGGUAUUCGAGGUUAGUUGGAAUCACAAUGGCAGUAAAGUAGCAGGCAGCUGCUCAGACAACACAGUACGCGUUCUCGAUGUUCGGAAAGGUCUAUUGUAACAUCAGAUCGA